AUGUCGGUGUCCCGCUUGAAAUUGCCCCAAAUCGAUCAAACCCUAAUUGGUUUCUGCAAUUUAGGUUUGUUUUUGGGUUUAUCACAUCUGGGUGGGGAGGCCAGAGGCGACAUUUGCUGCUGUGUGCUUGAUUUGCCCGAGCUCUGUUCCAUUCUCCCCGGUCUGCUUAUUCAGCAACGCCGAAGAUAUAAUGGGUUGAUGAUGAUUCCUCCUCAUCCUCCAUUGAUUCCUCAGAUCAUAGGAGAGAUGAUUGAGAGGAACCCUGGUUCUGAUCUAAUCCCGAAGAGGAAACAGCCCUGUGAUGGACCCAUGGUGAAGAUCAAUCAAGAGAUAUAUACCUGCGAGAACCCUCAGUGCCCUUACAGUGAUUAUUGGCUUCAUUUCAUGGACAAAAGCUCGAGAAACAAUCACCAGCUGAAUUGCCCGUUCCAGAAAUACCAUUCCGCUUCACAGAGGUUUGGUGGCAUUCCAAAAUAUCAAGUUGCUAGUGAAUUCAAACCAGUUGUCUCUCGACCCUUUGCUCAACCGAACCCUACUACUGGCUUUGGUGCCUCCAGGUUAAGUCUUCCUGAAGACGGGCAACGCAUUAUAUCUGAUCUCAUGUCCUAUUACAGCACGAAUCAACCAAGGAACAAGGGUCCUUCAAAUACUAAAGUUGCGGUUGAAUCCUACAUCUCUCGUCCAUCACAGAAAGUUCAGCAUUCUAUGGAUGAGAACUUUGGUCGGGGAGUCAUUAACAUACCUGAAGAAGCCAAUGGUUUGCCUCCGAAUCACUCUGUUUUUCAGCCGAUAGAGAUUCAGUUCCAUCAGUGCAAGGCGUUUGAUUCUCCAUUCAAUCCUGCUGGUCUCAGUGACUCGAUUGGAGACUUCAGGUUCAGCUCUCCGUUCAAUUUGGCCACAUCAUUGGUAGCAGCAGACUAUACUGUCAGCCUGUUGCCGAAGCAAGAUGUCUCGAUGUGGUACUUGUGA